AUGUCACAAGAAGGGCCGAGGGUUUUCCAUGACCGCCACCUUGCUGGAUCAGGUCAGCUAAUUACUAGGGGUCAAGUGCCGGCGCUGUCUGCAGAGGCACCCUCUUUUUUGCUGGCUUCCAUGGCACGAGUUGCAUCUCAGCCCUCUGUGCGAAUCUGGCGUCGCCUCCCAGAGACUGCAUUGCAUGUAAGUGAGGAUAAUCACGGACAGACAAGACUCCCGGAUUAG